CUUUCUCAAAGGGGGUUCCAGAAACUUUGCUCACAUGUAUAUAAAGAGUGAAGAAGGCCUGAUGCUCGUCAGAUACAGCGAAAGUAGCGACGAGAAGUCAACACAAGUGGAGUAGAUCUCCAUACGCCAAGAGGAUUUUAACACCGACGCUUUAUACAGAAGACAAUCAUUAAGAUGCCUGAGAACGCCACACAGCCGAUGAUGGAGGAGGAAGCGGAGACCUUCGCCUUCCAGGCUGAAAUCGCUCAGCUGAUGUCUCUCAUCAUCAACACUUUCUAUUCCAACAAAGAGAUCUUCCUCAGGGAGCUCAUCUCCAACUCUUCAGAUGCGUUGGACAAGAUCAGAUAUGAGAGCUUGACAGACCCUAGCAAACUCGACUCAUGCAAGGACCUGAAGAUUGAACUCAUCCCCGAUCAGAAAGAGCGCACGCUUACAGUCAUCGACACCGGCAUCGGCAUGACCAAAGCUGACCUCAUCAACAACCUGGGAACCAUCGCCAAAUCCGGCACCAAGGCCUUCAUGGAGGCUCUGCAGGCCGGAGCGGACAUCUCCAUGAUCGGUCAGUUCGGAGUGGGCUUCUAUUCCGCCUACUUAGUGGCCGAGAAAGUGACGGUCAUCACCAAACACAACGAUGACGAGCAGUACAUCUGGGAAUCUGCAGCUGGUGGAUCCUUCACAGUGAAGCCGGACUACGGUCCAUCCAUUGGACGUGGCACUAAAGUCAUUCUCCACCUUAAAGAGGAUCAAUCCGAAUAUGUUGAGGAGAAGCGCAUCAAGGAAGUUGUGAAGAAGCACUCUCAGUUCAUCGGUUACCCCAUUACGCUCUUCGUUGAGAAACAGAGAGAGAAAGAGGUUGACCUUGAAGAAGGAGAAAAGGAGGAGGAGGUGGCGGCCGCGGAUGAGAAAGACAAACCCAAGAUUGAAGACUUGGGUGCCGAUGAAGAUGAAGACACCAAAGAUGGUCAGAACAAGAGGAAGAAGAAGGUCAAGGAAAAGUACAUUGAUGCUCAGGAGCUCAACAAGACCAAGCCCCUGUGGACCCGUAACCCUGAUGACAUCACUAACGAGGAGUACGGCGAGUUCUACAAGAGUCUGAGCAACGACUGGGAGGACCACCUGGCUGUUAAGCACUUCUCAGUUGAGGGCCAAUUGGAGUUCCGCGCUCUAUUGUUUGUACCCAGAAGAGCCUCUUUUGACCUUUUCGAGAACAAGAAAAAAAGAAACAACAUCAAGCUGUACGUGCGCAGGGUCUUUAUCAUGGACAACUGCGAGGAACUCAUUCCAGAAUAUCUCAACUUCAUUAAGGGUGUUGUGGACUCUGAGGAUCUGCCGCUCAACAUCUCCAGAGAGAUGCUUCAGCAGAGCAAGAUCCUGAAGGUCAUCCGCAAGAACCUGGUCAAGAAGUGUCUGGAGCUCUUCAUCGAACUCUCGGAGGACAAAGACAACUACAAGAAAUACUACGAGCAGUUCUCCAAGAACAUCAAGCUGGGCAUCCAUGAAGACUCUCAGAACAGGAAGAAACUCUCAGACCUGCUCCGCUAUUACACAUCAUCUUCUGGAGACGAGAUGGUGUCCCUCAAGGACUAUGUGUCUCGCAUGAAGGACAGUCAGAAGCACAUCUACUACAUCACUGGUGAGACUAAAGAUCAGGUGGCCAACUCUGCUUUUGUGGAGCGUCUGCGUAAAGCCGGUCUGGAGGUGAUCUACAUGAUCGAGCCCAUCGAUGAAUACUGCGUCCAGCAGCUGAAGGAAUAUGAUGGCAAGAACCUGGUAUCAGUGACCAAAGAGGGUCUGGAGCUGCCCGAGGACGAGGACGAGAAGAAAAAGCAGGAAGAUUUAAAGGCCAAAUAUGAGAACUUAUGCAAGAUCAUGAAAGACAUUCUGGACAAAAAGAUUGAGAAGGUGACCGUCUCAAACCGUCUGGUGGCUUCGCCUUGCUGUAUUGUCACAAGCACCUACGGAUGGACGGCCAACAUGGAGAGGAUCAUGAAGUCUCAGGCCUUGAGGGAUAACUCCACCAUGGGCUACAUGACCGCUAAAAAGCACCUAGAGAUCAACCCCGUCCAUCCCAUCGUCGAGACCCUCAGAGACAAAGCAGAAGCUGACAAGAACGACAAGGCCGUGAAAGACUUGGUGAUCCUGCUGUUCGAAACCGCUCUGCUUUCCUCUGGAUUCACUCUGGAAGACCCACAAACACACGCCAACCGCAUCUACAGGAUGAUCAAACUUGGUCUUGGCAUUGAUGAUGAUGAGUCUACUGUAGAAGACAUUACUCAACCUGCUGAAGAAGACAUGCCAGUUCUAGAAGGUGAUGAAGACAGUUCUAGAAUGGAGGAAGUUGACUAAAGAGUUUUUGUGUAAAUAGCACUAAAUUGUUAAUGCAUUUAAUUUAUUGUUUUUGUAAAAACAA